CAAGUCUGUUGUGAUUUUUGCCACUCGAUCGUAGUGGUGAAUUGACGCACUUAAUAUGUUAGUACCAACCCUGUAAGUUGAGUUAAAUGCAUUUUCAAAAAUCAGCCCUUAUUCUGAUGUCAGGAUUGUCGCAUAGUCUCAUUCAAGGGUCAUGUUAAAAUGAGCUAUGGAAUCCAUGUUGAGUGAUGGUUUGAUCCAACCGUGACCUUAUCGCCUUUGAAAAGGUUUUGAAGUCAAGUCCACUGUCACCGGCUCCAUCCAGUCAGUUCAUGGCUGAGUCUAUCGAUCUAAGGUCUGGCUCAGUCAACCUAACAGCAGCAACAGAACCUGUUUGGUUCCCUGGACCCCCACCACCCGUUUACACCUGCACCCUGAGCCCUGAGUUGGUGGCGAAGGCACGAGAGGAGCUCCAGGAGAAACCAGAAUGGCGUCUAAGGGAUGUUCAAGCACUACGAGACAUGAUACUGAAGGAGCAGCCCAAUCUCAGGACAAGGCUCGAUGAUGCCUUCCUUCUGCGCUUCCUGCGGGCCAGAAAAUUUGACUACGACCGAGCACUGCAGUUGUUGCUGAAUUACCAUGCAGGACGUAAGGCUUGGCCGGAGGUGUUUCAGGAGCUGAAGCCAUCUACGGUGAAGCAUGUACUGGAUUUGGGCUUUCUCACAGUCUUGCCUCAACCUGACCCCAACGGAAGGUACAUCCUCUGCCUCCGGCCAGGAAAAUGGAAACCAAACGACUAUCCAUUUGUUGACAAUGUGAGGGCCCUUUAUCUGACGCUGGAGAAGCUGAUCCAGCCGGAAGAAACACAAGUUAACGGUAUUGUUAUCCUGGCCGACUACACUGGAGUUGGAAUGUCACAGGCUUCCAAUCCAGGCCCAUUCCUUGCCAAAAAGGUUGUGAGCAUCCUUCAGGAUGGCUUUCCAAUCAGAAUCAAGGCUGUUAACAUAAUUAAUGAGCCCCGGAUUUUCAAAGGCAUCUUUGCUGUUAUCAAACCUUUUCUGAAGGAGAAAAUGGCAGAGCGGUACGUGCUUCACAGCUCAGACCUGCGCUCUCUGCACCGGAACAUUCCCCGCUCGGUUCUGCCAGAGGAGUAUGGAGGCGUUGCAGGCCAGCUUGACAUGCGUGCAUGGUCGAGACUGCUGCUGGACUCUGAGGAGGAAUUCAUAGUGGAGUUCUGCCAGCCAGAUCCACUAGAGGGUGUCGUGCUGCCAGAGUCCAUGAUGUUUGAUGGAGGGGAAGCCAGCGGUCAGGGUGAAGACGCUUUCAGGGGUCUGCGCUCUCAGCUUUACUCAUGUUACUGAUAAUUGGUGGAGGAAAUUGCAAAUAUUCAAUAUUUUGGACUAACACAGAAGAACUAUUAGAGUUGGAUGGUCAGUGUUGUGUCGUUUGCGCUCCGCUCAUUCUGUCACCAGCUGCAGGCAGCAUGUGACACGAGCAUGGCAACAACCUCAUUAGUGUUUCAACUAUAAACGGCCACAUCUAAUUAUUAAUGUUUUUCACUUUACAUAACAUCACGGUCCCUUUUUCGUACGGUGCACGGUCUGCAUAGUCUCAUGCUCCUACAAUGCCACUGUUAAGAUUAAAGGACAAGCGGGGUGGAUUAACGCGAGCAUCACCUGCCUGAUUUAAAUUUAAACAUGACCAAAAUAUCUCACCCCUCUCGCUUGAAGUCCGCCGGGAUACGCUCCAGCUCACCCUUGAUCCUGAACAGGAUAAGCGGUCGAAAAUGAAAAUAUCUCUUAGCGAUGCACUGAAGGCAUAGUAGUUGGGAAGGUAGUAGAUGGGAAAAGUACCACGACAUAGUACCGCGAGAACCAUCAUUUUUAUUACAUGUCAGAUGUCAUAUCUAAACAGCUAUUGCAUUGCCUUAAAGUGAUGUAUCAUACAGUACUAACCAAAGCUAUAUCCAUGUGUAUUUUCAUUACCGUAUAUGUACCAGGUUCGCUUGCAUUGUAUUCGAGCACCUUUGCUUGAUUACGCUUUAGUUUUCUGUUGCCUCAAAUCCUUUUUUAUAGAGGAUUAUUUUUCUAAAUUCUGAUCAUCUGCCUUGUGUUUUUUAUAUUUUAUUUUAACCUUUCAUGACUUGUAUAUCCGUCUGUCAUCACACAUUCCCAACACAUGGCCCACACACGGUGAAUGGGGAUACGCAGCGACUGAACAUUCAGUUCUUACUAUGUCCUGUGUAUGGAACUGUGCCAUAAUACUACAUCUUUUACUCUUAUUGCUUACUUGAGCAAUAGCAUUAUAUUUUACGCAUGCCUCUUGCUGUAAGUGUAUUGUGUCGCAGAAUUUAACAGUAAAGUAAAAAUCCAAAUGAAAUGGUUUUGUUAUAAUUAGAAAGCGGAAGUUGUUGGAGAAGGAAGGCUCUCUGCUGAGUCAUACAGCCUGUUGGCAUUUUUACAAAGCUGCUCUGGACGGGAUCUGAGUUUCUUAAAACGCUCUCAUGAUUCACUACUGUGGGACCAUCAGAGCAAUGCGGUCAAAGUAGAAAAAUGCUCCAUGAUACUGAUUUUUUUUAAUAUAUAGUAUUGAAAAACACUAGGAAUAACACCGAAGCGCCAAUGUAUCGGCAGUGCGAUGGUACUGGAUGAUGUUGAGGCUAUUGGCGUACUGGUGGUGUUUAUUUAGUAAUUGCACACCGACCCCAGACUUACUACAGAAAUGCAGCAAACUUCUAAAUGUAAACAGAUCAUUUCAUGUCCAGGUAAAGAGAAAAUAUUUAUUUCUUGUGAGGCAAGGCCACAUUGAAACUUAUGGAUUUCAUUUGUGCCUAUUGAAUCACAGUGUCAAGACUUCAGAAUGAUUAGAUACAAUAUUCACAACAUUGAAAAAAAUCUAUGUUGUCUGUGUAGUAUACAUCUGUAAAGCUAUUAUUUCACUUUACAUGUUGUAUACAGUAAACCUCGGAUAUAUCGGAAAUUCGCUCACAACGGACAGAUAAAAAAAGAACCGAUUUUUCUGUAAUGCAUUUCCAAUAAAAAUUCAUUGCAUAUAUCGGAUUUUUUAUAACGGAUUUCGCCUAUUUCGGACAAAAUCUCCAGUCCCGUUCCAAUGCAUUUCCAUUAAAUUUCCCUCGCAUAUAUCGGAUGGCCGCAUCGUGGCGCUCCGAUUCGCCGAAUCGUGACAGGCCGCUAUACGACGUCAUUUGCAGCGUUGCCUGCGCGUCCAGGUACAUUGGAAACAUAGUCAAGGAAGUGCCUUUUUAUAACGGAUAAAAUCCGAUUUACGCAUAUACCGGAUAUAAAUCCGAUAUAUGCGUAAAACGGACAUUUUCCGGUAUACGCAUAUAACAGAUUUCGCUUAUAUCGGACAAAACCAGUGGGAACAAUUGUAUCCGAGGUUUACU